CCCGCUCCGGGUGGAGGCGAUCCGCGGAGCGCGGCGGAACGGCGGCCCCGGCGAGGCGACGAGAGCCGCUCGCCCCAGCUCGUGGUCCCCGCCCCGCAAAGCGCCUUCCUCAGGCCGCGGCGCCUGUUCGAGGCCGCAGGCUGUGCCCACGCCGCGGUCGGUUCUCACCCUUUUGGUUUUUUUUUAUUUAUUUAUUUAUUUCUGCAGGGUUGCCAGAUCAGAAGUAGUACUGGGUGGGCAAUCAUGUAGUGCUUAAAUCAGACGGAGCUUUCAAGCUGAAUGUUAUAGGUUAUAAAUAUUUAUGAGCCUCUGCUAGCGCGUGGUGGAAGUCUGAUCCCCAAACCCUUAUGAAUUCAUCACUGCCACGUUCUGCUUCACCCCAGAAACUUAGUCCCAGCUUUGAGAACAGCACCAUUCAGAAACAGAGGCAUGAACUCCAGCUUUUAAUUGCAGAACUGAAAGAUCGUGAUAAGGAACUCAAUGACAUGGUUGCAGUGCACCAGAGACAGCUUCUAGCCUGGGAAGAUGAUCGGCAACGAAUACUAACUUUGGCAGAGCGGUGCAAUUUGUUAGAAAAUGAGCUGCACAAAAGAAAUGAAAUUAUAAAAACACUAACCAAAAGGUUAAAGCUCUUAGAAUCUCAGCAGAAUGACAGUAAGACAACACUUGAACAUACACAACAGAAGUUUAAAGAGCUAUCUCAAAAAGCAACAGACACAACUCUUCAGUGUCAAGUCCUGGAGGAGAAAAAUCAAAAUCUCAACUGCUCGGUGUUGGAACUGUCUGCUAAAAUAGGCCAACUGCAAGCUAGAGAGCAGGAGCUUCUUACUAUGCUCAAGUUGAAGGACAAGGAUAUACUUGAAGCAACUGAUCACAUUACUGAAUUUACAUCUAAAUUCAAACAGUUAGAGAGUGCAUUGCGUGCAGCUAAGUCAGAGGAAUUUAGUAUUAACAAAGAAAAACAAGACUUCAAACUGAGACUGAAAGAACUAAUGCUUGAAACAAAUAAGCUGAAAGAUGACCUCUGUGAAAAGAUGAAAGAAAAUAAUGAGCAGCGGGAAGAAAUCAUGCACCUCAAACAAGAAAAUGGGUACUUGAAGAAUGAGCUUGCACUUAGUGUUGAGAAAGCAAAUAGAAAAGAUCAACUUCUUCAGUUUGCCAAAUCUAAACAAGUACGGACUGACACAGAACUAUCAAGUUUGCGGCAGCAGAUCUAUGUAAAACAGCAACGUGACUUGCAAUUUCUUCAUAUCAAUUUGGAGAGUUCACAGGAAUUAAGGCAAAAGCAGGAAAAAAAGACACAUGACAUGAGCAUAGGUAUGGCAUUCCCUGCCCCUGAGACUAACAGUGAAACAGGCACGGUUAGGAGUGAGGGCACCAUAUGCGAGGAAGAUGAAACUGCGCAAGUUCAGAAGUGUAGGCUAAAAACCAUCUCUGAGGUGUGUGAAGUAGAGAACAGACUGUUACUGAAUGCAUCAGACUUGGAGAAAACUGCCUCAGCACACUUAAAUCGGUGUCAAAAAGUUGUGAAAGGCUUGGCUGUCUUUACAGAAGAAGAGGAAAAGCAGGAUAUUGCCUCAAGCUCCAGUGAGCCAGCCAGCAAAGUAUUUUGUGAUACAAACAACACAAGGCCUUUGAGAAAUGGGGAAAUUUCCGAGAAUGGAUUGGAAAAUAGAGACCUUCAAACCUUUGAGUCAUCUUUACCUGUAUGUGAGCAUUGGCCCAACUUCAAUUCUUGUGUAGAUUCACAAAGUACUUUGAUCCAGGACACUGUCAUACCUGACAAAACUGAUAAUGAAGAUAAAAUCUGGGAAGAGAGAAAUGGAAUUUUAUGCAGCCAAAAAAGCAGAGAGGCUCUUAGUACAAUUCACAAGCCUGAAUCUGAUUCCUGUAGUAGUAACUUUAUCAUAAAAAAAGCUACAUGGUGGAAGCCCAUAUCGGAUUUGGAAUGGAUGAAGAUUUUCAAACCGAUAAAAGGAAGUGGAAAUAUAUGGCACAGAAAAACUUGCAACUGUCUCAAGACUGCACAAGAGAGAAAAUGUGCCAGCCCCCAAAGUGAAGAAUAUGCAGAUCUGAAUUCUUUUCACUUGGAUUCUCCAUGUUUGACAUCCACCCAAAAAGGAGACAGGCCUCAGAGAUACGAAAAAUUCUCUGAUGCAGACUUCCCUCUGGGGAUCAGUUACCUUUCAGUGACUCAGCCCAGCAAUAGAUGCUGCAAUCCUACCAUUGACCAAGAAACCUGUUCCCACACAAGUAAGCUGCAGCAUUUGCUGGCUGAGUCUCGACAGAUGGUUGCUGAUCUGGAGCUUAGCACUCUCCUCCACACAAGCCCUUGCUGCAGUCCAAACAGCAGCAGUGUUAAUACGACAACAGAACUUGCAGAGGCCCUUUACAGAACGCCAUUACCAGCUGCAGAAGAAAGCGAGGCUAAGCUUCCAUUUUCUUCUCUGUGAUCUUGAUGGGUGAAGAUGUUUUCAUUAUAGAAUUAAUUUUGAUAACUGAAGAUUAUCAAUCCAUCAGCUACAAUGGAAAGUUAUCUAACUUUUUUUCCAUAAUUCUUCUAUGAGUGUUUGAAAGAUCCACGAGUAUCAGAAAGAUGCGACUAUGCUGGAAUGUAUUACAUCUUGAAAUAAAACGUAGAAUUAUGCCAAGAUAAACAAAGUUUUUUAUAGCUGAGAACUUAGGUUAAAUACCAGUUUGUUCUUUAAGAAUCUAAAAUGUGUAAUUGUUAUGACGUAGGAGCUAUUUUUCUUACCUUUUUUAUGGUGGCUCAGAAAUAUUUAUAGUGUAUGACACAUCCAAGAGUUCCUUUUUUGUCAGUUUAUUGUUUUUCUUCUGGAGUUCUUACUAUGUAAAGAGCACAUGAAUAAUGUUUAUAGGAAGUUCCCAAUUAGUGUGGCAACCAGGAAAUACCUCCUACAUUGUUGAAAUUGGAAAGUUGUCACCCACGGAUUGGGUAAAAUGGUUUUUUCCCAGUCAUGAGCUGUUUCUUCUAACAAAAGCUUUUAAUGAGAUCAGGUGUUUGUAUGGACUCAUUUGGCACAGUAUGGCAACAGACAGACAUAAUGUGACCAGCUGUUGAAGCAUUUAAACUGUUUUUAGCAUUGACAUAUUGGGCAAGAUGUUUUCCAUCGUCACAUUUUGAACGCCUUUUUUAAGCAAUAGGUGAAAUAGGCUAACAAAGGGGAUGAGCGCUGUAUCUUGUAUAUUUAACUCACUAUGCAACAAAUUUAGACAAUUUAUGUCAGUUCUGUGGUCCCUGUGACACCAGCUGCCAGGUAUUCGAGCACAGGGCAGGGCUGGCCUUGGAUGGCUGCUCUGCCACGUGUGAUUUGUGAGCAGUUCGGUGGCACCUGUGCCAUGUCCACAUCACUGCGCCUAGUGCCAGCGCUUUGUCCGUGUGGGAGCUGCGAGGUGGUCAGCAUCCCUAGCCACUCGAGGUGGGGUGGCAGGACACUCAUGGUAUUCUCGCUCUCUGCUGCCUCUCCCAUGUAGUUACUGGUGUCUCAAAGAUUUGGCGAGUGGCUCGUUGCAGCAGGGCAGCGCGUCACCUCCGCCACCAGUGCACAUCCGUUCUCAGAGCAGUUGGAGGAUCCUCCCCAUCCACUGCCAUGAAUUCGUUGCAGUGAAAUACAACGCUUGCUCUUUGGUUUCCAGUCGGUAGCUCAGUGAUACGAUUCUCAGCUUUCUCUUUCGUUAGCUAAAUGAGAGCCUGCUUUCUGUCGUGUACUGAUGGCCCUUAAAAUUAGUAGACCAACUCUGAUCACAGCUUUGGGGCUGCAAGCUCUUCCCCUCUGCCUGCAAUGCUUGUAGGUGGGGAGAUCAUCUCUGCUGCUCAGUUUUUUUUUUUAUAAGAGAAGGGCCAGUUUACACAAGUGUUCAAAGCACGUUUGAUUCUUCUGCCUGCUAAGAAACUUUCCUGGCGCUGUGCUUGAAGUCUGCUGCUCUGGGCAUGGCAACACUUCCCCACAGAAACCCCCUGAGAGCAAGGCGGGGGUGCUCCGUCUGAAGCUGUCCGACAACCGGUGCUGCACUAGCUGAGCAAAACCAGUAUAUCGAAGCCAGGAGAAAUCCACGCAACUUCCUAGCGUGGAUUAGGAACUGCUUCCCAGUUUCAGUGUGCUUAGAACUACUGGAUAAAGAUGUCGAAUUGUCCUUGUGAAUUUAGAAUGGUAAUGCUGUACCUGUGAGAUUAGCAAUUUCAAAUGCUGGUUUUAAAGUGAUGCAACAAGGAUGGGAAGAGCCCUAGGAUUUAGUUUUGGUGCUGUUCUGUAUUUGUUUUGCUGCUGUAUUUUUGCUUUGAAUGCCUGCUUGGACAGUACUUUCCUCCCACAGCUCCCUCCUCCUCCAGUUCUCUGCUCUGCUGGUGUGCGGGGGGGAUGCCCCGGUUGCCAUUCAGAAAUUGGAAGCAGCAGAACGUGGGGUUAAUUUAUUCGGGCAGUAAGUGAAUAAUUACAAAACUGUAUUAUCUGCCAUGCUUUGAGGCUUGUACUGAAGCUGAAACUGCAUCUAUUGCCUAAGAACGCUGCCUUAUUUUUGGAAGCAUUACACUGCAGGGAGUGCCCUUUCUAUUGUAUUCUGGGACUGAAUUGUUAUUAAAUAAAACAAAGCAUCUGCUCCAGCACAGCCCGCUUUCCGCAGCCGUGG